AUGUACGACAUAGACUUUGCCACCCCAAAUUGGCUAAUAACCUAUUAUCAUGUAAUUGGAAUAAUAUCCCUAUUAUUCGAUUCAUUUUCAAUAUACCUAAUCUUAUUCAAAAGCAGUAAAAUCGAUAAUUUCCGAUAUUUUCUGCUCAAUUUUCAAUUAACAUGUACCGCUACCGACAUAAUUUUGACAUUUUUUAUGCAACCCGUCCCGUUAUACCCGCUAGUUUCUGGGUAUAUUUUGGGGUUUCUUGCUCAAUUUGGAGCUUCAACUCAUUUUUGCUUGACUAUGGUAAUUGCCACGAUAAUCUAUCAAAUAGAAAGUAUGGUCUUCUGCUUUGUACGGAAACAUCAGACAAUUGCAACUACACUCAAAAAGUAUUUAAUGCCACGCUGGCUCAUUUGGUGUUUAUUUUCAUUUUUCGCGUUUGAUAUUUGUGUGGUGGUCGGGUUAUUCUCGCAAACUUGUAUAGAUCAGGACCUGCAAAUGGAGUAUGUUAGAGUGAACUUCCCAGACUACCUCCCCGGCUUCCAAAGCCUUCCAAAUUUCUCCAUCUAUGAAGCCGACGCAUUUUUCGUUGGAACAGUGGUCUUCGCAGUGACCUGUGGAAUCAUCUCAUUUUUCAUUUUAUGCAUCAUCCUGGCUAAUAUAUUCCGAAUGCUUUCACUAUUGAAAUCUCAAAUCUCUGCCUCAAACUAUCGAAAACAUCGAGCCGCCAUCUGGAGCCUCCUGGCUCAAUUUGCCACGUCAUCCGUCUGCGUGGUACCGCCCAUCUUUUUCGUGUUCGUUGUGCUGAUAGGGAUUGAUGGAGCGCAGGUAAUCGUCGAGUUUCUGCUAGUCAUUGCCUGCUUGCACUCCUCCUUCAACGUGACCGUACUAGUUUUCACGUUCCCGCCGUAUCGGAAAUAUGUGUUCUCUUUGAUCAAGCGGGAAAAAAGAAUAGAGAGAAUCGGUGUGUCGGUGCUAUCCUUGAAGCCUUCUUCUAUAGUGGUCCCUCAUUUGAAUUAA